GUUCUCUUGAAGUGUGACGUAGAGUACACCGACUGCGCAUGCGUGUCUACGGUUCGCACGUGAAGCAGACAGCAUGGCAGAUAAAACACCGGUUGUCUUAGACCGGGCACAGGUGAAAAAGGCCGUCCAGGCUCUGCAGGCUUUCCUGAAAACUAAGUCCACCAGUGAUGCCCUGUUUCUGGAAGACGCUCAACCGAUCAGCCUGCUCUUCACCCUCUGGAUGGUCCCGAGGGAGGCACAGUCCAUCCGCAUUCCCUUGCCCCAUGGCCAGCGGCCUGACACAGACGAGGUUUGCCUCUUCACCAGAGAUGAGCCCAAAAUGACCUCAGACCAGACCCAGAGGUUUUACAAGAAGCUGCUGGAGGAGAAGGGAGUGAAAAACAUCACUGAGAUCAUCCCGUACUCGGUCCUGAGGACGGAGUACAAACCGUAUGAAGCCAAGCGCCGUCUGCUGGGGAACUUUGAUGUGUUCCUUUCUGACGACCGCAUCCGCCGCCGGCUGCCAUCCCACCUCGGAAAACAUUUCUACGAGAGGAAAAAGGAGCCGCUGUCUGUGAACCUGCAGAGCAAACAUCUGGCCAGAGACAUCCAGAGAGUCAUCCAGGGCACCUACUUGAAGGUCACCAACAAGGGCUGCUGCUGCAUGGCGCGUAUUGCCCACGCCGGCAUGACCGCAGAUGAGGUGACAGAAAACAUCGAGGCUGCUGUCCAAACAGUGGUGGCCAAACUACGCACGAAAGGACCAGUGAUGAAGCUCAUCCACAUAAAGAGUCAGACGUCAGUGGCCCUGCCCAUCUUCACCUCAGACCUGAACCAGCUGAGCGAGCUGGAGAAGAUAAAGGAACUGGCUCGCAAGAAAAGGGGUGGCAAAGACAAAAAGAAGGCAGAGAAGAACGAGGCAGAGAACACAAAGCAAACCGAUGCCACCAGUGAGGGAAAGGAGGAAGAAAUCCCACAGCUGGUUCCCAUGGCAACACCUAUUAAAAAGCCUAAACUGGAGAAGCCAUCUAAAGAGAAGCAGCUGGAGAAGGCACCCAAACCUGCUGUAGCAAAGAAGGAAGGAAAAGCACCAAACAAAAAGACCAAGACAGCCGGCAAGACCGACUCCAAAGUAAAAAGAAAAGUGCCUAAAGUGAAAUGAUUCUCAGCAGAGCAUCUUUGCACAUUACCCUCUCAACAUGGACAUUUUACACAGUACACAGCACCGGAUCGUUCAGAGAAUGGUCAAUAUGUUCAGUCUGUUUUGUCUGUAUUUUUGCUUUUUAUGAAGCAGAUUAUAAACUUUGUUACCCGAAAUUA